AUGGCCAAAGUGACUCCGCCCACCAUCGUUGUACAGGACAUGGAGGAGGAGCCAGGUGACAGAGUCGGUGUGGAUUCUCUAGCGGAUCAAAGAGCCGGACCAGGAGUUCUGUUUAAUGUCAACAACAGCAACAACAAUGAAGAAGAGGAGGAGAAGAAGAAAAAGAAGAAAGAAAAGAAGGAGAAGAAAGAGAGGAAGGAGAAGAAGGAGAAGGAGAAGCAGGAGAAAAAGGAGAGGAAGGAGAAAAAACAGAAGGAGAAGGAGGAGAAGGAAAAGGAGAAAGAGAAUGAGAAGGAAAAGGAGAAAGAGAAGAAGGCCAAAGAGGAGGCUCCAAAGGAGAUCGCAGUGAUUGAUCCGGCAGGUAACACCUACUACCACUGGCUGGCUGUCAUCACCAUCCCUGUCAUGUACAACUGGACCCUGAUCAUAGCCAGGGCGUGUUUUGAGGAGCUCCAAACAGACUAUUUGGCACUAUGGUUCCUUGUGGACUUAACGUGCGACCUCAUGUACAUCGCAGACAUGAUCUUCAGAACAAGGACUGGUUACCUGGAGCAGGGUCUGCUGGUGAAGGACGAGCAGAAGUUGCGUGAGCGCUACAUGAAGAGCGUCCAGUUCAAAAUGGACCUAGUCUCCAUGAUUCCCACCGACUUGCUCUACCUCGUUUUUGGCCUCAAAUACCCCGAAAUACGCCUGAACAAGCUGUUCAGGUUCAACAGGAUGCUGGAGUUCUUCCAGAGAACAGAGACCAGGACUAACUACCCCAACGCUCUCCGUAUCUCCAACCUCGUCAUGUACAUCGUCAUCAUCAUCCACUGGAACGCCUGCCUCUACUACUCCUUCUCCAAGGCCAUCGGUUUCGGUGCUGACAGGUUUGUGUAUCCCGACCCAGCAAAUCCAGAGUUUGGUCGUCUGGUGAGGAAGUACGCCUACAGUAUGUACUGGUCCACACUGACGCUUACCACCAUUGGAGAGACUCCGCCCCCCGUGGAGAACUCUGAAUACUUCUUCGUUGUCACGGACUUCCUGGUUGGUGUGUUGAUCUUUGCCACCAUCGUCGGUAAUGUUGGUUCGAUGAUCACCAACAUGAACGCUGCCAGAGCCAACUUCCAGGCUCGCAUCGACGCCAUCAAACAGUACAUGACGUUCCGAAAGGUGACGAAGGACCUGGAGAAGCGAGUGAUCAAGUGGUUCGACUUCUUGUGGACCAAUAAGAAAGCAGUGGACGAGAGGGAGGUGUUGAAGUACUUGCCUGACAAACUGAGAGCUGAGAUCGCCAUCAACGUCCACCUGGACACCCUGAAGAAGGUUCGUAUCUUUGCGGACUGCGAGGCCGGUCUGCUGGUGGAGCUGGUGCUGAAGCUGCAGCCUCAGGUCUACAGUCCGGGAGACUACAUCUGUAAGAAGGGCGACAUCGGCAGAGAGAUGUACAUCAUCAAGGAGGGAAAACUGGCCGUCGUUGCCGACGACGGGAUCAAGCAGUUCGUCGUCCUGAGUGACGGGAGCUACUUUGGCGAGAUCAGCAUCCUGGCGAUUAAAGGCAGUAAAGCAGGAAACAGGAGAACGGCGAACAUCCGGAGCAUCGGUUACUCCGACCUCUUCUGCCUCUCCAAAGACGACCUGAUGGAGGCGCUGACGGAGUACCCCGAUGCUAAAGCUCUGCUGGAGGAGAAGGGGAGGCAGAUCCUGAUGAAGGACGGACUGCUGGACCUGGAGGUGGCGGCGCAGGGCCCCGACCCCAAAGAGAUCGAGGAGAAGGUGGAGCGGAUGGCGAGCACGCUGGACGCCCUGCAGACGCGCUACGCCCGGCUGCUGGCGGAGCGCGAAGCCACUCACGGCAAACUGAAACACCGAGUCAACCGGCUGGAGAGGAAGCUGGUGCCGCCGCCGGGGGAAGCUCCGCCCCCUCCGCCGGCCGAGACUUAG